GCGUGAAUUCGAUAAACGAACGGUGCACGGUGAUCUUGUGCUCGAUUGACUGACGUUCGUAUCGUCUGUGUGCAGAUUCUCCGAGUGAGCAAACGUGAUAAAACGAGGAUUUAUAUCCGGUCGACUCUGCCGAGGUCGAAUUAAUCGAAAAAAUUAGGACGAACCGUAACGGAAGAUAAACUUUACGUAUUAAUCGAGUGACUGAUCGCGACUUCGAGUGAGCGAGUGCCGGUGGUUGUUGUGUUGCCACGCGCAAUUCCAACAAGUGGUGCGGUAAUCGAAAGGAAGGAAAGGAAUCUCGUAUGCUGGAAGAGAGAUCGGGAGAAUCGGCUUCCAUGUUGUCACGCUGUAGAAGAGAAAAUAGAAGAAGCAAAGCCGUCGUUGCGUAGUGUUCGCGGGUUAUACAGCGAGCGCGGAAUCGUUGGCGCAAGGUGGUUGAGAGCGGGUGAGAUUCGACGCGAAAAUAACCGUUAAACCGUGUACACGAAUCCUUCUCGGCGUUUCGUCGAAUUUCUUGACGUCGAGAGGUACCAGGAAAGGGCGGCAAACUGUACGGCCACAGGGAGGAAGACAUGCUCACGAUGGAGACGGACCUGAAAGGCGGCAGCCUGCACGGUCAGAUGCCACCACACCCGCAUCAGGGUGUAUCGCCGAUGGGCCACCAUACGGGAGUUUCGCCGUAUGGUAGCCUCGGCUCGAUAGUACACAGUCCAGCCCUGUCCGGAAGUCCUCCGAGUACCGGAGGUCUGAGCCUGGGCCUGCAGCAUCAUCAUCAGACGCCGCAGCAUCAUUACGCGUCGAUGCAGGCCGCGCAGCAGCAACAACAGCAGCAGCAGCAACAGCAGAGCAUGCACUCGCUGGCGCAGCAGAGCGCCGCGCAACAACAGCAACAGCAUCAUCCGCACCAGCAACAGCAACAGCAACCGCAACCACAGCAGCAUCACCAACCGCCGAACAACAACAACAAUACCAGCAAGAACAACAACAUCGACCGAGUGAAGAGGCCGAUGAACGCGUUCAUGGUUUGGUCCCGCGGGCAACGGCGCAAGAUGGCGCAGGAGAACCCGAAGAUGCACAACUCGGAGAUCUCGAAACGACUGGGAGCCGAAUGGAAGUUGCUGAGCGAAACGGAGAAACGUCCGUUCAUCGACGAAGCGAAACGAUUGCGCGCCGUUCACAUGAAGGAACAUCCCGACUACAAGUACAGGCCGCGACGCAAGACAAAAACCCUGUUGAAGAAGGACAAAUUCCCUUUGGGUGGCGGUGUGGCCGGAGUUGGCGGGAUGUUGGGUGUGGAUCAGCGGCAGGUCGGUGCUACCGGUGGACCACAGCAGGCGCAAUUAUCGCGAGACGUUUACCAAAUGCCAAACGGUUACAUGCCUAACGGUUACAUGAUGCACGACCCGACGGCGUAUCAGCAACACGUUGCGUACGGCAGUCACAUGGGUGGUGCAGCAGCGGCAGCCGCGGCCUCAGCGGCCGGCUAUCCGAGGUACGACAUGGGCCACCACAUGGGCGGUGGCAGUCCGAGCCCCAUAAACAGCUACAUGAAUGGUUACGGUGGUUACGGCAGCACCACUGUGCCCGGUGGCUCACCGUCACCCUACCAUCAAGCGCAACCCGGAUCUCAGAUGUCGAGUCAUAGUCCCAGCGGUAGCAGCAUAAAAUCGGAGCCUACGAGUCCGGCGAGCGGUGGAAUUCACACACCGACGCCAACGGGCGCGUCGUCGACGGGCGCGGCCGGUGGCCAGGUCGUGAAACGAGAGUACAUGGGCCAGCAACAGACGCAGCAGACGCAAGGUGAUCUCAGACAGAUGAUCUCGAUGUAUUUGCCCCAGGGUGUCGAGCAGGGAGUCGUGCAACACGGCGCCGGUGUCUAUUCGCCUGGACCGUCGCCGGAUCCGCUUGCGCAGCAUCACUCUGCCAUUCCGCCUCUCACUCAUAUGAUAGCUUAGAGUGACAAGCUUGGAUGGACGGCUGUACGCGUUGGGACUCCCUUGAAAAUGUGACGGCGAAAGAGAGUACGAGCGAGAGAAACGGAAAAAAAAAAAAAAAAAAAA